AUGCCUCUUAUGCCAGGGCUUCUGCGGCGAAAGGGCCCCGCGACGAGCGCCAGCGAUGUCAAUAUUCGACGACAUAGCUUUCUCUCCCCGGAUGCAUUGAUUGCGGAGGACCAACCCGUCAUUGAUGGCAGAGCGAGCGAACAAAUACCCCGAAGACCAUCAGCAGCGGACUUCUUAACACCCACCGUGCCAGGACGACCAACUCCAGGUCGAAUGUCAGCUGAAAGUGGCAGGGACAGAUUAGAACGUUCGAUUUCUCCUGCGACGCAAGACGAAUCGCACAAGCACCGACGAUUCUCGAUGCUAAGAUUUAGACAUGCUUCGGAUCCACAGCUAUCAGCGAGAGCAAAGCUUCAUGCUGCCCAACAGACAGAGGCACCUCCGCUCCCUCGUCCUCCUGAGAUAAUUACGACUGCCCCGACCAUGGAUAUGAACGUAUCAAAGCCUAGCAAGAAAAAGUCGAGGGUCCGAUUACCAGGACGAGCGAAAUCAUCUCUGGAUAUGCACCCGGAGGAGCCGGCCAAAAUCGUUACCAAGAACGAAAAGCUUGAAAAGAAGGAGCGUAGAAAAACCAUGUCAGAAAGUGCGGCUUCUGGGAGCAAGAGCAGAGUUACAUUUGACGAACCCGCGCGUCCGUCUACACAGACCGGAACCUCACCACCAGCGUACGGCGAUGAUUCAACUUCGACACUGGCACUCCCAGUCACUCGGCUAUCAGAGUCCUCGAACGGGAGCUCUGGAGAUCAUGGAGUAUAUGCCACGACGACGACAACAACCCAUACAGUCCAUACCACUACAACCUUCUUCAGAUUACCUAGACGAAAGAAGACGCCAGCUCCACUGUUCGAUUUAUCCCACCUACCUCAAAAAGGUAACCCACCAAAGCAAUCGCAAUCGCUCGGUAGGGUAUCUGCUAGUUCUUCUAGACCCCUAGGUUCUGAAUCUGCAGCUGUUCUUGCACUUCGCUCGCCUUCUACAGAUGAUGUAGGAACGCGAAAUGGGCUUCCUUCACCACUCCCCUCCCCUUCUCACAGUGCCAUUGCCAGAACAACAUCCGCUUUUGCUGCACCUGGAGUGCCAUCAUUAUUUCGUAAAGGUUCUGCGGCAUCAUCCCUCUCAUCGCCUACUCGUGCUAGACUUGGACAACGUGGUCGAUCUUCCACACUAAGCUCCUUGCGAAAUGCCCCAAGUGAUGAUAACUUACCGACCCCAACGUUGCCAGCUUCAGUGCGUACAUCCACUUCUACAGGACGAAAAAGCUUUGGUGACCUUUUCGGCCUUUCACAUCGUUUGCGCCAAAAUUCGGAGCCUCCAUUUCCUCGUAACGGUGGCCUUGCGACGCCUGGAUCUAGCACUUCAAAGAACAACUCGAUUCAACUUCCAAGAGAGCCUGCUAUAGUGCUACCAGAGCGUUUCGAAGAUGACACCCCAGCAAAAUACCUUGUGCGUCUCGAGGAAGCUGUUAGCCGAGGUGUUGUUGCCAGCGUGCUAUCCAAAGGAACCGACCAGUUUUCCAGCUCAGUUUUACGAAGUUAUAUGCGAGGCUUUGGAUUCUUUGGCGAUCCUAUGGACAUGGCCAUUCGAAAACUCCUCAUGGAAGUCGAAUUGCCUAAAGAGACUCAGCAGAUUGACAGAUGCUUACAAAGUUUUGCUAACCGGUAUCAUGAAUGCAAUCCGGGGAUUUACGCAUCACCUGACCAAGCAUAUUUCAUUGCCUUUUCGCUCCUGAUACUACAUACCGACGUUUUCAACAAGAACAACAAGUACAAGAUGCAGAAGCCUGACUAUCUGAAAAACACUAGUGGCGAAGGUAUAUUUGACGAGAUACUUGGAUGUUUCUACGACAAUAUCUCUUAUACCCCUUUCAUUCAUGUUGAGGACGACAUAGACAUAAACGGUGAGCGGAUUAUUCAGCACAAAACGAAAAAGAAGUCCAUAUUUCCUCGAGCAAGUACCGAUCCAUCAAAACGUCCCUCAAAGGAACCUGUCGAUCCUUACACUCUUAUUAUUGAUAGCAAACUCGAAACCCUGAGACCCAAUCUGAAGGAAGUGAUGCCUCUUGAGGAGCAUUAUAGCUAUCUUGGAACCGCUACAUCACUCAAUUUACAGGACCUCCAGAAGACCUUCUUUAGGACUGGAGUAUUGCAAAUUGUGUCGGCUAGGUCACGACCUGAUGCUUUUAUGAACGAAAAGACUGCUACGAAUCCUCAAGAUGCACACCCUGGUAUUGUCGACAUUAAGAUAACCAAAGUUGGCCUUCUUUGGCGAAAAGAUGCGAAAAAGAAGAAGACAAGGUCUCCGUGGCAGGAGUGGGGGGCAAUACUCACUGGAGCACAGCUCUACUUCUUCCGCAAUACCACUUGGAUUAAAAGUUUGAUGCAACAGCAUGAGGCCCACAAUAAGCUCGGCCUUGAUGGAACACCAGUCAUCUUCAAACCUCCACUUGACUCCUUCAAACCGGACGCCCUCAUGUCUACAGAUGACGCUGUUGCUCUUCUCGAUUCGGACUACAAGAAGCAUAAGAAUGCAUUCAUAUUUGUCCGCCAUGGAGGCUUCGAAGAAACAUUUCUUGCUGAUAAUGAAGAAGAAAUGAAUGAUUGGUUGGCAAAGUUGAACUAUGCUGCUGCUUUCAGAACUUCUGGUGUAAGGAUGAGGGGUGUGGUUGGUGGCAACUAUGACGGGCAACGAAGCCGUGGCAUACGUCGUCUAGAUAGUCAAAACGAAUCCACCAGAUCAGUUCAGACGCCCACCGGAGAGGUAACAAUUUCCAGCGGCAGAAUUGAUACCAAAAUGGCUCAAGACAUUCUUGCCGCUCGUCGCCAAAUCAUGCUGCAGAAGAUCGCCGAGGCGGAGGAGAAACUCUCCGCAGCACAGAAGCAACUGGAUAUGCAGUUGAGAAACGCACGUCACUUGCAGAUUCUGGCCCCCAUUCAAGCAAAAACACGCGAACAAGUUGUGAUGGCCGCAGGUCGUAUGGCUGCUCAGCUGAAAUGGGGAAGAAUGGAAAUAUGGCGUCUACGAUGUCACAAGGAAAUUCUUUCUAUGGACCUUGAUGAAGAGAAGAAUUCAGAGAUCCUCACACCGAAGACUGACUACUUCGGGGAGACGCCAACCUCGGAGAAGUCAGCACUUGGUCGACUUCAUUCUAAAUCAAGUAACCUAAAAGAUCAACGUACACCUCGUUCACCGACAUUGCAUUCCGCCAAUCGGCCCUCUACUGCUAACCCAAACACUCCUCGGAUUGGGAGUGAACAAGUCUUGGAAGACAUAUUUCAGACACCCUCGGAAGUAACAAGCUCUCCAAAUUUUCACAAGCAGCAAGCAUCAUGGGAAUUGCCUCCAAUCAACUUUGAUGUUCGGCAGGCUCGUAAGUUGUCCGUCUCAAGUGCUGUGCCAUCAACUCCAAGUCUGGCUCAGACCCCUUCAAAGGCUAGCCUGAAGCCACCAAACAGUGCUGGGGUAGCGCGGCCUGAGACUCCCAACGUAGAUGCUGCAGAACAAGCGGUAUUGGAGCAGGCCGGUCUUCUUGAGGAGAAAAGUCCAAUGAGAAGGCACUCUUCCGUAGUCCCCGAUACCGAGGAUAGCAAGGAUCAGACGCCUACCUCCGAAAAGGAUAAAGAGAAGCUCGAUCGUGGCAAGAUUCGUAGAAGUCUGCAUCGAACUCUGAGGGAAGCCCAUGUGCCCUCGCAUCAUCGUAGUCGAAAGGGUAAGGACUCGGCAUCAAGUGUUGGUCUUUCUGAAGAAGGCAAUCGUGAAGAUGUGUUGUCUCGUGGGACUGGUAGUUUUGUGGUUCACGGGAAGAAAGCUUCUGUCAUUACUUUCGGGUCAGAGCUUCAGAGCAUGUCUCAAGAGGAACGACUACGUUUACGGAAGCAGCCUAAUCGAACAUCUUCCGGUGUCGCCUCAUCCUCUGCCAUCGAGGAGGACUUUAAUUCCGCAUUGGCAGAACCAAUCGUGUUCCAUCAACGGCACGACUCGGCGGCCACCACCAGCACAGCCACUGCAAGAAGCUUUAGAGAGCUGCACCAAAAGUAUCAUGAUCACACUAGUGGCGUGCUCGUCAAUGCUAGUUCGGAUGGGGAGGACAGCGAGGCAGCUCUUAGUGUAUUGGAAGGAAGACGCUCUCCUCUACCGCCUAUGGACGAUGAGGAAGAGGAGUAUUUCGCCAGGCCUGUUAGCCAACAGCAGGCGAUGUUUUACACUCCGGAGAGGUCAAAUUCGCCUGCCCCAGACUUUGAGGACGAGGACUUUAGCGAACAAUAUCACGACCAUCUUGACCGUGGAUCUUCAAAGGCUAGUGAGCAGUACAGUGAGAGACUUCGUACUCCACCGACACUGCUGAGUGCUUGA